AUCAUCACCACCGCUUCUCGUCGCACCCUCCUCAACCCCGCCUCAUACUCUUCCCUCCCCCUCACUCGCACUCUGCACGCUUCGUCCACAAUGGCCGCCCCCUACACUGUCGUCAACACCGAGAAUGCCCCAGCUGCUAUCGGCCCCUAUGUCCAGGCCGUCAAGCACAACGGCAUGAUCUUCGCGUCGGGCGCUAUUCCCCUCGACCCCAAGUCGAUGCAGGUUGUUUCUGGCGGAAUCAAGGAGCAGACCGCCCAGGUCCUCAAGAACGUCUCGGCCGUCCUCGCCGCGUCUGGCACCGACAAGGCGCAUGUCCUCAAGACGACGUGCUUCCUCAAGGACAUGAACGACUUCGCCGACUUUAACACGCUUUACGCCGAGUUCUUUGGCGAGACCAAGCCCGCUCGCUCGUGCGUCGAGGUCGCGCGCCUCCCCAAGGACGUGCUCGUCGAGGUCGAGUUUAUUGCCACUGAGAAGAAGUAG